CGAUGUGGUAAGAUCUCCUUGCGGCUGACAAAGGGACAUCGCGCCGGACCCUUGUCUCAGGCCAAACAUAGCCUAUCGAACAGCCACGGGGUAUGCAGUCACAGUGACAGCCCUACAGUCAUCCCUUACAUCGUGAUGCUUCCUCUCAAUCGCUAAGUUGACCACUCAAUUGCUUAUCCCCGAAAGCGAUCCUUGACCUAUCAACCUGAAUACCACGCCUUAACAGUCAUACCCAACCACAUCCAUUUCCGGCCAUCAUGGCCGCGCGAGGCCAGGAACCGCUCAUUGCGCAACAAACCCCUUCAGAGGGCGCCGAGGAUGAUCGCAUAGAAGAGGAGGAUGCAUUACUUACGGGCCAACCCGCGCACAAGCAGGCGAGCACAACAGCAUUUGUGAAGAAGAGAUGGCAUGAGGUUGGACUUUUCCUAUGGGCACUGUUGGCAACGGUAGCAGUAGUGGUGCUAGCGGUCGUCUAUCAAAAUACGAAAGACGUAGCAGGCGGUGAUAGCCCGAACACUGCGGCACCUUCGGGGAAACGCAACCUCAUUUUCAUGGUCUCGGACGGUAUGGGUCCAACAAGCCUAACAUUAACACGAGAGUGGCGCCAGUUCUCGGAGCAGCUACCAUACGAUGAAACACUCAUCCUCGACCAGCACCUCAUCGGCCAGAGCAGGACGCGCAGUACAUCGUCUCUAGUCACUGAUUCUGCGGCUGGGGCGACGGCAUUCAGUUGCGGUCGGAAAUCUUACAACGGCGCCAUCAGCGUCCUGCCCGACCACUCGCCCUGCGGCAGCGUUAUGGAAGCGGCAAAGCGGAUGGGUUAUACAACUGGCUUGGUCGUUACGACUAGGAUCACCGAUGCUACACCUGCAGUCUUCGUCAGCCAUGUUAGACGCAGAGAAAUGGAAGACAGCAUUGCGAUGCAGAUGGUGGGCGAGACGCAUCCUCUAGGUCGCAUGGUAGACUUGAUGUUUGGCGGAGGUAGAUGCCAUUUUCUACCAAGCAGCGCAAACGGCAGCUGCCGAAAAGACGAUAUCGAUGUCAUUCAGCUUGCGCAGGACAAGGGGUGGGGCUACAUUAGCAAUCGUGAAGACUUCGACAACCUUGGCACCAGCGUCGAGCUGCCUAUGCUGGGUCUCUUCGCCGAUACUGACUUUCCAUACGAGAUUGAUCGCCGAUACCAAGACGAUGUGUAUCCCUCGCUCGAGGAGAUGACGAGGACUGCUUUGGACGCCCUCAGUGCUGCAUCCGCAGACAAAGACCAGGGCUUCUUCGUCAUGAUCGAAGGUUCUAGGAUCGACCAUGCUGGUCACGCAAAUGAUCCCGCAGCCCAGGUACACGAGGUCCAAGCCUACGACAGAGCGAUGGCUGCCGUACUAGACUUUGUCCGCGACGCCGAGACACCGACGCUGAUGGUUUCCACCUCUGAUCAUGAGACCGGUGGCCUUGCGACAGCAAGACAGCUCCACGCGGCGUAUCCGGAUUACCUCUGGUACCCGGGCGUGCUGGCCAACGCCAGCCACUCCGCAAGCUACUUGGAUCAUGAAUACCAUCAGCAUCUCCACGCUAAGCCAACGCCGACCGGUGACGAAACAGUUGCCUACAUUGCCGCGCUGGUAUCUGAAACUCUGGGCAUCCAUGACUUGGGCCAGGAUGAAAUCGAGAACCUUGUGCAAGACCCGGCGACCGCAGCCUACCAAUUCGCAGAUAUGGUAUCCCGCCGUGCCCAGACUGGUUGGACGACCCACGGUCAUAGCGGCGCUGAUGUUAAUAUCUAUUCAUCAGAUCCUUCUGCUGCUGACAAGCUGGUUGGAAACCACGAGAACACUGAGGUCGGCGACUUCCUGCGCUACUACCUCGGUCUGAACGAGGAAGUCGAGAGGGUUACGAAUGAGCUGAGGGAGCACAUGAAGAUAACAGGCUCAUCGUGGCUAGGAGAGGUACCAGGGGCUGGUGAACGACUUGACGGCCAAGACCAUAUCGAGCACUAUACUGGUGAUCACAAGAAGCGGAGCGUUUGCGAUGUCGGUGGGCAUUGACUCUCUGUAGGCAGUGAGUGUCUGUGCAUCGACCUAGAUGAGGGCAUGUCAUUCAUGAGAGGUGGCCCUUGGGCGCUGCCCGAUUGGUCGUCGAUGAAGAGCGUUCGAGCGUGGUGAUUGCGAAGAUACCCUGGGUUUGGCGUUAUAAGUGGAGCUGCCAUGCAGACGAUAGAGUCUCCAAGCGUCGCCAACAGCGUUGGGAAUGUUGAUUUGACGAGCAGAUGUUGUGACCGAUCAGUUGGCUAGUGAUUCGAUUGACGCUGAGAGACUGCGGCAGG